GUCCAUUUCGCCGCAGAUCUGAUAGAUGGGCAUUCCCGGGCUGCUGCCGUUUGUGCGCCGGCGCUUCCCCGCCGUGAUAUCGGGCGUGGCGACCCUCCGCCCCUUCGCACACCAGCGGCUCCUAGUCGAUGGCACUGGCCUCCUCUACCGAUUUGCCUACGCCAGCCACGGGGAUCUGGACAAAUGCUCGCAGAAGUUCGCUACGCAGCUGUCCAAAUUCAGAGAGCAUCUGAUUUCCCCAUCGUAUUUUUUCGAGAAGGAGAGCCGCCACGAGGGAGAAGGCGGCGGCAACCUGGACGUGCAGUGCAAGCGGGACCAUGCGUGGCGGAAGCGGGAGAAGGACCGGCUGAGCGCGAUGCUGCGUGCGGAUGACGCCCAGCGGCAGGCGAUGGCCAUCAUGGGAGAGGGGUCCUAUGACAAGACCACGGAGGAUACUGUCAAGGAUGCGGUGGUGGACGACAAGAGAAUACAUCUCAAGAAGGGUAGGAGGGAGGGAGGGGCGCAAUGGAUUGGGUGUAUUGAUGGAGGGUGGUUGUGUGUGCAGAUGAUGUGCAGAAGGUGGUAGAUACGCUCGGCCAGGAGGGGUGCGAUGUCAGAUGGACGGACCUCGACGCUGAGAAGGUCGGUCUGCUCAGAUACGUCCAUCGCACCCGAGAUGCGCAAUACAGGAGUGACUGCCCUUCCUGCAGGAGUGUGUGCGGCAGUGCCGCAGCGACUCGGAUGUGGUCGUGUCGGAUGACGUCGAUGCACUCGUAUUCGGGUCAGCCACACACCCACACACGUACGCGCCAGUUGACGAAUGAUGCCUUCGUUGAUCCGGUGUGCUCCUUGCAGUGCUCCUGCGGUGCUUCGUAACGUGCAGUCGCCCUUGGGGUUGAUGUACAUCAAGCGCGAGGAGCUGCUGGAUGCCAUGUGUGGGCGAGGGAGGGAGGGAGGGAGGGAGGGAGGAAAGGCCCAUGUCCCAUACAUAGCCCGUAUACAAUGGUGUGUGCGUGCGCCAGGUUUUAGCAUGGAGGAGUUCAUAGACUUUUGCAUCCUGUGCGGAUGCGACUACACAGAGAAACUCCCAGGCAUAGGUGCGGAUGGCAGACGACAGGCAAUGUGCCUGCCUGCAAUGGGUGUCUCACCAUGGCGUCGCCGCAGGUCCCGUGGCGGCUUACGAGAUCAUCCAAAAGCACCGAUCCAUCGAGGUGGCGCGUCCCCACCGCAACGCCCCGUCCAUCCCUGUCUCCUUGCCUCCCUUGUGCAAUGCAGGCCUUCCUCGACUCGGAUGACUUCCAGAAGCUCGCGAGCAAGAAGGUGGUGACCAAGGUGCUCCAAAAGGUCAGCUGCAAUCGAUAGCUACACACACACCGCAGACAGAGAUCGAAGCAAUGAGCAUGACUUGGUGUCCUGACCGACCUGGUCAGUCUGGCUGCUCGUCCCCGAUAGAGUUCGUCGAGAAGUUUGUCGACUACAAGUAACCGCAAUGCACACACACCACAGCCGACUCAUCUCUGUCCCUCUCGGUGCCUGUCUCUCUUGUCUAUGCGUUUGUUCGGUUGUGUCUCACUGAUGCAGGGCGGCCCGGCAGGUGUUCAUGUGGAACACCGACAGCUCGCCAGACAGCCAUCCAGACCGGCCGACGGGCAGCGCCGCUGCCGUAGGGGCUGCAGCGUGACGGCUCGGCUGACUCUAUUCGUGUGGACGUUCGUUCCAUCAGUGUCGAUAGAUAUCUCCUCUCA